AUGGCAGGAACAGGAGUUCCGCCAAUCAAUAUCGAGGGCACCGCUGAUUGGUCAUCCUUGAGCAGGAUGAUGAACAGCAAGGGGAUUCAAUUCUCCAAGGCGAGGACGGCGGGUACCAGUGUGAAGGUAUUCACAAAUACACCAGCUGACUACCGUCAGCUAGUCGCACUGCUGGAAUCCAUCAAGCGGCCCUUCUUCACCUAUCAACUGAAGGAGGACAGGAUGGACCAGAGGGUCAUUCGUGGGCUUCCCAGGGAGAUGUCAGUCAAUGACAUCAAAGAGGAUCUAGUGACCCAAGGCAUCGCAGACGCCGAGGUUCAGCAGAUGACCUCAAGGACCACCAAGAAGCCACUUCCGCUCUUCCUCGUCAAGACGAAGAUGCCGGAAAAGCUUGCAGAGAUCCAGAGGCUGGCCAUGCUCACGGUCAGCUUCGAGAGGAAGAAAAAGUCUUCCGAGCCCAGCCAAUGUUACCGCUGCCAGCGGUACGGGCACACACAGCGGAACUGCCGUCUCGCUGAACGAUUUGAAAGCGGCAUCAGAAACAUGCAAAAGGAGGUUGUGGAGAAUUAUCCUAGGUUUAAGAAGAAGGAGAAGGAAACCAAAACAGAUAGAGAUUUUACGCACUACGAACCGGAGAGGAGAAUGUUGUUCGACCGAAUUCAGGAAAACCUCAAAAUGAGCGAGCGGAUUACACAUUUGCACAGGUUAGUCUACAUAGGGUCCCAUAACACAUUAUGCAAUCUACCUGGCAUGUUUGGAAGUAGCAUAAGUACCGUGAAUGGGCUUUCCAGCACAGGCGAGCUAACUGGUUUCUUAUUGGUUUAUAAUACAUACUUCAUUCACGUGGUGGAAGGUUCCGAAGAUGCGAUAAACCAACACGUAGGAUAUUUCUUGAAGAAAUAUGGUGCUGCAAAGGGCAUAGGUGAAAUGAAGUGUCUUAUCCAAGUUUCUCAUGUCUUAAGGAGACUAUGCAAAGAAUGGAUUGUGUUCUAUGGGAUUCCCCCUAAAUUACUAAACCCUUUAGAAGAAAUUUAUACUAUGGAGGAAACAGGUCGUAUAUUGUAUGAAUGUUUAAGACAGGUAUAUGACCUAAUACAAGCUUAUAUGAAGCGAAACACGGAUGAUCCUGAUUCAGUCAAUGCAGAAGGAUCCAAGGACGAAUUGGAAAGCAAAAUGAAGAUAACUAGAGAAAGCAUUCUGAGCAGUGGUAGUUCAUCCAGAGAAUCGAGUCUGUCACGUAUGUCAAGCACAGUCACGCGACGAUUGUCAAAAAAUCACAGUCCAUACUUUCAGUACUUGCCUGAAGCAGAAGUUUUACAAGCACUGCUUAUAUCUCCUCACACUCAACAUAUGAAGCACUUCUGCGAUGUAUAUAUGACAGUGCCUCAGAGGGAAAUUUAUAAAGAUAAGGUUUUCCCUGUAACAGGUGACUUUAUACCGUUUGAUGUAUUCUCAACAACUUAUAAUUGCGUAGUAGAACUUUCAAAGUAGAGGGAGAAUAAGACAAAAGACAAGGUCGAGUACGUCAAAGAAGUAGGGAUGGCAUACAUAAGCAGAAUUGAAUAGUUUCCCAGUUUUGUGACUCAUUUACGGGUUCUUUUACUGUUUACAUUGCGUAUUGUAUUAUGUAUUUAUUAAAUAUUAUGCCGAU